AUGACACAAGAAUUUGUGUUAUUACAAUGUUUUUCAUGCAAAAUGUUUCAAGUGCAUAUUAAGAAGAAAACGAAGAAAUUUGAAUGCAAAGUUUGUGGAGCAAAGCAAUCGUACAAACACAUAUUUGGUAUAUCUAAACAAGCAAAGGAUUUAAGACAAAUAUGUGGAGAGUAUAAUGAAAAAAGAAUAAUAGAAGAAGAACAACACAUUGAAAAACAAGUUAAACAAAAACAAAAACAAAAAGAAGAAGACAAAGUUUUGGAUAUUAAGGAAGAAGAAAAGAUAAACAAAGGAGAAGAAAGCAUUUGGAAAGAAUUUGAGGAAGAAGAAGUUGAAGAAGGGGAUUUAUAUCAGAAAAUGAUAAAACCACAUGAAAGGGAAGAAAAGAAAAGAAAAACAGAGAAGUCAAAGAGAUGUAAAGAAAAAGAAGAGAAACAAAUAAAAAGACAAAUAACAAGUAAAACACAAACAAUAAAACUGUUGAAAGAAAAAGAAAAACAAGAAGAAAAACAAGAAGAAAAACAAGAAGAAAAACAAGAAGAAAUAAAUGAUAUUGAAGAAAUAUUAGCAUUAUUUGAAAAUAAUUCUCAAAAAAUAAAAGAUGAAAAAGUUGAAGAAAAUCAAGAAAAUAAAAAUAUUCAAAAACCUUUAAAUUUAAAGAAUGAAGAAAAUAAACAAACAAAGUCACCAAUCAAAUUGAGUACUAUUUUUCAAACAAUGAAACAAACUACAAGUCAAAAUCCUGAAGAGGAUGAAUUUCUUUUUGGAGGGAAUGAAGAAGAAGAUAAUAUAAAAAAGAAAACAAAGUCAAUAUGGGAUGAUUUUUAA